GUUUCCAAACCGUUAGUGGUCCAUAGUGGUUAGAAGGAGAUGGUUGUAAGAAAAUGUAUAGUGUAAUAUACGUAGUGUGAUAUAUUGAAGAUUUGCAUCAAAGCCCACAGCCUUCGUACUUUUUCUUUCUUUUCUAUGCGUCAUUACUUGAUUAAAGUAUACGAUGCUCGAGUACUUGAUGGAAUGAAUAUUCUUAUGUAGAGCCUUACAAAAGGAGUAAAUGGAGUGGUAUCAAAUGCGGCAUGACGUGCUCAUCGCGUUUCAAAAGUAAGUUAUUGUUUACAUCCUAGUUAUUAUUCGGCGUUUAGAUUAUCCAGCCUUUGUUGCCAAGUACAGCUGAUCGUAAAUGGCAAUUUUAUAAAAAGAUGUCACAAUUCAUUUUGAGAGAUGUUUAUUUUGAUGUAAUUUAACAUAGAGUUUUGUUUUACAAAAGAUGGACAGACUUCGACUGUUACGUAUGGAAUUGCCGUCUGCCACCAGCAUAAGUAAUAUUGGAAGCGUCAAAGGAAAUACUAAAAUAUCUUUUGUCAAAAGAAUGAUAUUAGGAUUUGUAAUUUUGGCUGUGUUAGGCCUAUUAUAUGUACCAGCAUAUCAUUCAGCUCAGGGUCCAUUUGUAGGCUUAGGUGAGACUCCGUCCCCUACAGAGCUUCUCAGUGGUUCGCACUUGGUAGCCACUGUAGCACAGUUACCUGGUUGGACGUACAAUACUUCAAGAGAUGUAAAAAAUUACAUUCAUCCGGAUAAUAUCACUUCCAUUUUAAGUCCGAUCGCUAUUUGUUCACCACCUCCAUAUUUAAUUGUAAUUAUUUGCUCAUCAGUGGGAAACUACAAAGCUAGAAUGGCUAUUAGAAAUACUUGGGCUAACAAAAGUAAUUUAAAUCUUUUAUAUAAUUCUACGGUUAAAGUUGCAUUUCUUCUGGGACAAAGUGAUAAUGACACACUCAAUAGCCUUGUAUUAGAAGAAAGUCUUCAGUUUAAUGAUAUACUACAAGAAAAGUUUUCUGACACUUAUAAUAAUUUAACAUUAAAGUCUAUUAUGAUGUUAAAAUGGGUCACUUCUAAUUGCGAAGAAGCUAAAUUUAUUAUGAAAACGGAUGAUGAUAUGUUUGUAAAUAUAGUUCUUUUGAUGAAAACCUUGCACGCAAGAACGCAGUCUAAAGAUAUUUUAUUGGGAUCUCUUAUUUGUAGCGCUAGACCUAUAUUAAACCCUACAAAUAAAUGGUAUAUGCCAAAGUAUAUGUAUCCUGAAAAGGUUUAUCCAAACUAUCUAUCAGGUACAGGAUAUGUAAUGAGUAUUGAUGCAGCUUUUAAGUUAUAUCAGGCAGCUUUGUCAACACCUCUACUUCAUUUAGAAGACGUUUACAUUACGGGUCUUUGUGCAAAGCAUGCAAAAAUAAAUCCUACUAAUCAUCCAGGUUUUAGUUACGCGCCAAGAAAAUUGGAACCUUGUAUACUUAAGAAUUCCAUAACUACACACAAAAUUAAUGCGUCUACUAUGUAUACAAUAUGGAAUAAAUUGAAUAAUACAAAUAUAUCUUGCAAUAAUAAACAAAUUCAUGCUGAUAAACAAGCUGUUAGCUUAAGCAGAAGUGGUAGAAAUGUUGGUUAUUACAUGGUAAAAAGAAGAGUUGUUAGUAAUAAAUGUGUUUAGCACAUUGGAUUGAAACAUAAUUGGAAAUGUUGGUAUUAUCUCACGUAUCGUACUGUAUAUAAAGACAACAUACAGAUGUCUUAAAAUACUUUUCCAUAUUACAUGUCACAGAAUUUUGGAAAUAAUGAUAAUGUGUUAUUACGAUACAAGAAUUUGUAAUUGAUACUUGAAAGAAGGUUUUAUAUUUUUCCAUUUAUGCCAUAGUAGUUUAUAAGGAAACGCUGUCAAUUAGAUCUUCUACGUAUGUCAGCUAUUGGCUUAUUUUACGAUAACAUCUUAUCAUUUAUUUUCAGUAUAUUAGUAUUAAUAUUAUACGAAGCAAUCUAAUACAUAUAUAUAUAAAUUAUUGGAGAGAUUAAUCUAUUUUCUAUUUUGAUAUUUUCGUUUAUAGAAAAUGCUUAUUAGUGAGCUUCUUUCAAUAUAAUUUUAUUAUUAGAGAGCAUAUCGUAGUUGGGUAUUUGUAAUUUUCUUAUAAGGUUCCUAUUUACAUCUCAUUAGAAAUUUAACGAAUUUUAUGAAUACCUUAUAAUUCGGAAGAAUAGAUCUGUUUUUCCUCAUUGUCCGUUAUUACAUUGAUGCAUCGAUAAAUAUAUAUAAAUACUGUUUUUGUAUCUUCUAUUGUAACUUACAAAUAAUGUUCUAAUUUUACUUUGAAGUAAAAAAAAGAAUUUGUUAUUUGAACAUAAUUAUAUUUUGCUAAAUAUUAAAUUUGAUAUAUUUGAAUUAUUUUAGAUACAAUAUAAAAAAAAAACAAAAUGAAUAAAAAUUUAAAUUUUGUUAUAAUACUACAAUAGAUGAUACACCAAUAAAGUGCUUCCUUAUCUUCUGUUAUGAUAUUUUGUAAUGAUGUAAAAUAGAAAUACAAGAAUCUCAAAACAUUGAUAUUUACAC